UGGCCUCAUCCUCCGGCACCGUUCCUCGGUCCCCGAUGUCAUCGGAUGAACCGGAGCACGGGAGCAACGGUGAUGAUGCGGCCGCCGCCUCCAUCUCCUCCUCCUCCUCCGCCGCCGCCGCCGCCCGAGGGAAGAAGCCUGCGUGGCAAAGGCCAUCCAACGGCUCGAUCGAGGUUGGUCCUGUCAUGGGGGCGGUGUCCUGGCCCCCUCUUUCUGAGUCCACCAAGGCCUCCCCCAAAUCGUCUUCCUCCGAUGCUCUCAAGGGUCCUUUCGAUGGAACAGUCUCUGCUUCCCCUGGGCCCGUGAUAUCAACACCUUCUCCGAGGCCAAAUUCGAACAAUAUAAACCUGAAUUCAACCCCAAACCACGUAGCUCCUCCUGUUCGCCAGAAACCCAACAAGCGUGGCAGCGGCGGCGGAAGUAGCAGCGGUACGCCGGCCAAUGGUGCCCCGCCACUACAAUCUCCGCCGGCUGCUUCGGCAGCGGCGACUCAGAUCACUCCAGCCAAAGAAACUAUCCCAGAACCAUCUGCCGGAGACCUCCCCAGCAAGAACAGCGGCAGCACCAACUGGGACCAUGGUACCAGGGGCGGUAGUUUCGCACCCCAGCAACAUGGCGGGAAUGAUCACCAUCGGGGAUACGGCGGCAACCGGAGGGGUGGCGGUGGGUCCCAUCGCGGCAGCUAUGGAAGCCGACGGGAUCAGGAUCGCGGGAGCUUCGUGUGGAGUCAUCGAGGUUUUAACAGCAGAGAUACCAGUGUGCAGCAGCGGGGUGUUCGACCAUAUCACAGACCCCCUCCGCCACCGUUCCUCAGUCCACCUCCCCAGGUCCGACCUUUUGGGAAUCCUAUCGGCUACCCUGAUAUGCCUUCUCCUGUGUAUUAUGUGACAACACCCCCACCUCCGGAGACUCUCGGUGGUUUGCCUUAUAUUGCUCAUCCAGCAGCAGCACCACCCCCCGCCAUGUUUUCCCCGCCGGCGAUAGAUCAUCCGCGUGCUAUGUUACUGAAGCAGAUAAAUUACUACUUCAGCUCUGAUAAUUUGUGCAAGGACAUUUUCUUGCGGCGGAACAUGGACGAGCAGGGCUGGGUUCCUAUUAACUUGAUUGCUGGUUUCAACAGAGUCAAGCAAUUAACAAAUAACAUACAGUAUAUUCUGGAUACUGUACGGCUGUCUGAUGUAGUGGAAGUACAGGGUGAAAAAAUAAGGAAGCGCAACGAUUGGAUGAAUUGGGUGCUGCCCCCAUCUCCCAAUCGUUUUGGAAUUGUUCCUGGUCUGCAAUCUCCAGCAACGUCAGACUAUGAUACCCUGGUGGCUCAGUUGCAAACUGUCGGACUUGAGGGGGCAUCUAACCAUAAUAGCAUGAGGGGUGCAACUCAUACUGAGGUAGUUCUUAUUAGAUCGGCAUCUGGGAAUUUGAAUAACCAGUUGCAUGUGGUGGGCGAUCCUAGUGGAGGUGGAAAUGGGCAAGUCACUGGACACAUGAAUUCCGAUUAUUCCAACUCUGGAAGAAGUCUAAUCAGGAGCGACACAUUAUAGAAAUCCGUUUUUGCCCCGGGGAAGGUUUCAUGUGACGGAGGGAGUCAACGGGAGAGGCAAAGUUUUAGUUUGCCGGGUAAGAUAUUUUCUUUGCCCAAACAUGGAAGUGUUGCUUUCUCAGCUAAAAAAUAAAUAAAAUAAAAAAAUAAAAAAAAAGAAAGUGAAAGAUGGAAAAAAAGAAAUGAAAAGAAAGACGAAGGUAGGUUGAGUUACGAGUAUGAGGUCAUAAUUUUGCUUGGGUAGGUAGGUGCUUGCUGAUGGUGAUAUCUCGUUACCAUGCUGGGUCACUGGGCUGUUCUUAAACUGUUGUCUUAAGGUCUUUUUUCUUUUCUUUUCUUUCUUCUUCUUCUUCCUUUUUUUUUUUGCUGUGAACCUCCAUUUUUUUGGGAGGAUGUUGACUUCCAUUUUGGGAGUUGAGGGCUGGAAACAUAUCUGCACUUCCUUGAGGACUUUUUUUCUUCUUUAAACCUUUCUGUUUUGGUACAUCAGAACAUAUUCACAUAUUUAUAUAGAGAUUUUUUUUUAAUAGUAAUUAAAGACUUACUGCA